UAAUCAUCGGCUCAACGUCAGCUCUAAGCAGCUUAAGGCUCCAGUCUGGUUGGGCUGAAGACGCUCACAAGCUUCUUUCUCAGUAUCUCACAAGGCUUUACCUGUAGCAGAGGGCCUUGUCUUUGUGUGUUUUUUUACUUCUCCCGCACAAGGUGGACACUAACUUUUAGCUUUUUGACUUUAGUUGACUAAUGUGGUGGAUUCCAAGGAGAAGCCUGCUCUUUUUUCAAACUGGAAAUUGCUGGGAUUUUCUGAUGGACUGCUGUGCGUUUGCAGCCCAGUCUGGCUUCCGAAUGAUCUUGCUUUUAGAGCGAGACUGAGACUCACUCCUGGACUCUGGCUGACAUCUACCUGGAGUGCUACACCCGCCUCUGUGGGACGGUUGAAGCAGGGGAAAACAUCAUGCCCACCCUGCCAAAUCUAAACAGCCUCGGGAGGUUGUGCAGCUCCAGCCGCAGCCACAAUGUCGACCGAGUGCGAGUCAAACGCAAGGGCUCCAUUAAGCGCAGGUCUGUCAUUGAGGAUGGUCAUGUGGCUGAGGUCCUGUACCUCAUUCCCAAACAGUACAUGGAGCAGCUGCCUUACCUCAACCCAAACGACUAUUACCUGAGCGAGAGGCUGCAUGAUGUUGCUUCAGUGGCCCAUGCGCAGGAGACACACCAUCGCUCCACAGAGAAGCCCCUGAUCCAGUGCUUUAAGUGCGGGCAGCCAUGUAAGGGCGAGGUGCUGCGGGUGCAGAACAAACACUUCCACCUAAAGUGCUUCACCUGUAAAGUGUGCGGCUGCGACCUGGCCCAGGGGGGCUUCUUCAUGAAGAAUGGAGAGUAUCUGUGCACGCUGGACUACCAACGCAUGCACGGCACCCGCUGCAAUGGAUGCGGGGACUUCGUGGAGGGGGAAGUGGUCACUGCAUUGGGAAAGACGUAUCACCCAGCCUGCUUUGUCUGCACUAUCUGCAAACGGCCGUUCCCAGCGGGAGACAGAGUGACCUUUAACGGGAAGGAUUGUUUGUGUCAGUACUGUCUUGAGCCAAUGUCUCCUGGACCAAAAGACAUCGUGGGCUCCAGUAACUGUGCAGGGUGUGGCCGAGACAUAAAGAAUGGACAAGCCCUCCUAGCGUUGGACAAACAAUGGCAUCUGGGCUGCUUCAAGUGUAAGGCCUGCUGCAAAGUGCUAACCGGGGAGUACAUAAGCAAGGAUGGUGCUCCGUACUGUGAGAAGGACUACCAGAUCCAUUUUGGAGUGCAGUGUGAGGCGUGCCAUCAGUUCAUCACAGGAAAAGUGCUGGAGGCAGGAGAUAAACAUUACCACCCCAGCUGUGCCAGAUGCAGCAGGUGCAAUCAGAUGUUCACUGAAGGAGAAGAAAUGUACCUGCAAGGAUCAACGGUGUGGCAUCCUGGCUGCAAGAACACAACAAGGACAGAGGAGAGACACAUGGAGAGGCCUACUAGGUCGUCAUCUGAGAGUAUUUCUUCCAGACCUGGUUCAAGCAUACCUGGCUCACCGGGUCACACAAUCUAUGCAAAAGUAGACAAUGAGAUUCUUGAUUACAGAGACCUAGCUGCCAUUCCAAAAGUCAAAGCCAUUUAUGACAUUGAGCGCCCCGAUCUUAUUACCUAUGAGCCUAUGUACACCACCUCCCAGGAGGAGAGAGAGGAGAGACGAGAGAGUGUAGGAGAGCUUCUCAAUGCCAGGAGGGACCGCUCACCCUUGCCUGAUGACAAGUCGUUCAGAACCAUGUCACCAACUCUAUCCAAUGAGGGAUGUUAUGACAAGCGAGAACGCAUCCUCCAAAGGUCCACCAGUCAAGGCUCUAUAGGCUCGCCGGUUUAUAAUCGCCAUGGUUACACCCCCACUCUGUCACGGUCGCCGCAGCACUUUCACAGGCCAGAGGCUCUGACAGGCAUGCAGAAACUCUGCUCCUCCCUGUGCAGUAACAGUGUGGGCUCCAGAAAUAAUGACUCCCGCCCCACCUCCCCUUUCAGACACCACUUCCUUCCCCAUAGCCAAGGCACUGACCCACCAAGCGGCCGGAGCUCCCCUCUCCCGCUUAGGCCCGACAGCCGGCCGGGCACCCCGCCUCUCUCUCAGACCCCUAAACAUUUUCACCUCCCAGAUCAGGGCAGCAACAUUUACAGAAAACCACCUAUCUACAAACAAUACGAUACCGAUGACAUAGCACGUCAAAGCAAGUCGGCUGAUGACAUCAUCAGAUGUGCCACCUUCCCUGCUGCCCAUGCUCCCUCUCCAGACGACAACUCACAGUGUGAGGGUGAUUGUCAGCCCGGCUCUAUCGCUGUUUUAGGUUCAGAAGGCAGAAGACGAUCAAGAGAAGAAGAGGAGGAGGAGACAUUGAAACGAAAGCAGCUUCAGGAAGAACAUCUCAACAAGAUUCAGUCUGGUUUGGGAAAGCUAAUUCUGAGGGAAGAAAUGGAAAAAGAUGAGAUUAGGGAGCGUCACGCGAGGAGUCUCUCUGCUCAGCGCUACGACCCCAAGCAGAAUAAUGGAGAUGCGGAUCCAACUUCUCCAACCAAAACAAACUCUUUGCCUGGCUAUGGAAGGAAUGGUCUACAUCGGCCCCAGUCAACAGACUUCACACAGUACAACAGCUACGGUGACAUGUGUGGAGGAAGCAGAGAGUUUCAGCACAUUAAGGAUGGCCGUGCAGCACUUGCAAGGAUGGACAGGGGAGUAUCUAUGCCUAAUAUGUUGGAGCCCAAAGUGUAUCCCUAUGAAAUGCUCAUGAUUACCAGUAGAGGGAGAGCUAGACUGCCCAGAGAUGUGGACAGAACCAGACUGGAGCGCCACUUAGCACCCGAAACCUUCUUUGACAUCUUUGGAAUGGAGAUCCAGGAGUUUGACAGACUUCCCCUGUGGAAACGCAACGACAUGAAAAAGAAGGCCAAGCUCUUCUAGCAGAAUGCUUCAUACCCACAAGACAAUAACAAUUAUCUACACAUGCUAGGCUUUGCUUUGUUACCUUUUCUUCUGUCUUUUUUUUUUUAAACCUUCUGACAUGAUUAAGAGGUUCGACUUGCACAUAAAUGCAAAUUGGUCUCAUGUUCAACAAUGACAAAGAAUGAAAGAUAAACAGGAUCAUGAUAUUUGUGUUGAUGCUGCUUGUUUUUUUCCUUCUUUUUGCUGGAAUUGCUUCGAUCCCUUUUAUGCUCGUUUCUUCCUGCUAUUUAUUGAUUUGACUCCUGUGGAUAUUUGUAAGUGCAGUAGAACCUACAGCCUUGUAGCCUUGAACAUAUGUCUGCUUUCCUUUGCUUGGACUGGAAUAGAUUCAGUCCAAAGUUUGCAUCGAUCGGCUCAGUGAGUCUUUGAAUAUUGUAUUCAAAAUUAAAAAAAAACACACACACUGACACUGGGAAGGCAGUCAGCUGACUCAGAAACAGUUUACUGCAUCUAAUGAACAAUCCAAGCAUCUUCACUAAGACUGUACAUAUAGGGCCUGAUUUACUAAAGGUUUAUGUGUACUUAAAACACGUGCAAACUUAAUAGCACAAGCAAAGCUGAUCUACUAGAUGUGUGCAAAGUGAAUUGCGUGUGUUAAGUGAGCAAAAUAAGGUGUGCAAUCAAUUUUGCUUUGCUGUUUUCACUAAUAUGCAAAAUAUAUGCUGAUCAUUAAAACACCCACAAUACUGGGAGGAGAAGAGACGAAUACAAUUAUUUAGCACACGCAAUGUGAUUUAUCUACACUCAUCACCGUUUUGCGAGCACUAUUUCGCAUUUUAUCCAGCACAUGUCAGAAGGAAGUACAAACUGAUCAGUCGGCUGCAGGAUCAGUGCUCAGACGAUGGACAGACUAGAACCCUAAAUCCUACGUGUGUCAACAUUUUGUCCUUUCAGCAACAAUUUUAUAGCUGCUAGAGGACUUAAGGCCUGCUCAGUGGCCUUGUGGUUAGAGUGUCCGCCCUGAGAUCGGUAGGUCGUGAGUUCAAACCCUGGCCGAGUCAUACCAAAGACUAUAAAAAUGGGACCCAUUACCUCCCUGCUUGGCACACAGCAUCAAGGGUUGGAAUUGUGGGUGAAAUCACCGAAAUGAUUCCCGAGCGUGGCCGCCACUGCUGCUCACUGCUCCCCUCACCUCCCAGGGGGUGGAAGAAGGGGAUGGGUCAAAUGCAGAGGGUAAUUUCACCACACCUAGUGUGUGUGUGUGACUAUCAGUGGUACUUUAACCACGUCUCAAAGAAUACAUAUUGUUAAAAUAUUUCUUAUAUAAAAACAACUUCUUGAAGUAUGCAUUUUUUUGGGGUGUGGAGUGGAAUAUUUGCUGCCUUUCUCCAACGAGCCCACCUUUGGCGGAAAAAAACAAAAUGAAAAGUGGUGCCAAUGUAGAUGCACUUGACGACUGCUUCUAAAAUGCCCAUAAAAAGUGGUAGAUGUCUCCUGCAUGUUUGAAAACAUAACAAAACGCCACAGAUAGGAGCAUGAUAACAUGAAUGUGCAGUAAAUGAGAGUGACUCUGUCGUGAUGCCCCAUAUAGUACACGCACAAUUAUUUUUAAUUGCACACGCAGUCUUAGUAAAUCGCAAGCAACACGCCCACUAAUAGUACACACUAUUUUAUAGAUUGCACACGCCGUUUACCGCGUGGUAUUGGGAUCUUAGUAAAUCAGGCCCAUAGUGUCACUCUUCUCAGGCUUUCUCCAACACUUACCUACUCUUUACAUGUAUUAGAAGUAUAACUCAAAACAUUUCAAUGCCAUACCCAAUAUAUGUACAGUAACAGGCAAAUUGAUAAUACAGCUCAUGUAAGCCCACCUGUAUUUGAAAGAAAUGUUUUAUAAAUGAAAACCCACACUGCCGUUUGUUGUAUGGAAAAGUAAGCCAAUAAAGCUUUAAACACCACAAACCACAGGAUACAG